CUUCUAGUAGUUUCUGUUGUCUGUACAUUCGCGACGUUCGCGUUAGUCGUAAGGUUCGUUCUCGAUCGAAGUGAUCUGUGAGAAGCGUCAUUGCGUUCAAAGGCUGAAAUAAUCAGGGACCGGGGUUCGCAAUAGAAAGGAGAAGAAAAUAACGAAAGCUCGCUCAUCGUCAUGGCGCGUACCAAGCAGACGGCUCGUAAGUCAACGGGUGGAAAGGCACCCAGGAAGCAGCUUGCCACCAAAGCGGCACGUAAAAGCGCGCCGUCCACUGGAGGCGUCAAGAAACCUCAUCGUUACAGGCCCGGUACUGUAGCUCUGAGAGAAAUCCGAAGAUACCAAAAGUCCACGGAGUUGCUCAUCAGGAAAUUGCCGUUCCAGCGUCUGGUUCGUGAAAUCGCACAGGAUUUCAAGACCGAUCUGCGCUUUCAGAGCGCCGCUAUAGGUGCCCUUCAGGAAGCGUCGGAAGCUUACCUGGUAGGCCUGUUCGAAGACACGAAUUUGUGCGCCAUUCACGCCAAACGUGUCACGAUCAUGCCAAAAGAUAUACAACUGGCACGGCGAAUUCGCGGUGAACGCGCUUAAACCGUUCACAAACAGUACACAGAGCGUUCUCAUUUUAUUAUUAUUUCGAUAUUGUAUGUUUCUAAACAAUCUCAAAUUUUUCUUGACUCUCUUCCGUGUAUAUUUAUCAUAGUUAACACACUGCCAACUGCUGUAAUAGAUACCUGGAAAAGACGAAUAACAAGUGAGUCUUGAUUAGACUUUUAAACUCGAUCGGAUGAUUCAUGAUUCAUACAAUAAUUAAGAAAAAUGACAGGUUAAAAAACUAAUUGUAAUUUGCUUUUAAUAGAAGUUGAAAUUAUAGAAAGUCAUUAGUUUUAUUUUAUAUCAGGAUUAACAGAAAUAAAACACGAAACAUAUUGCGUAGAUUUCAUGGUUUUUUUUUUUGUAGAACGCCAGGUAUUAGCGCUUGAUUUUACAACGAUAGUUGUAUUGCUUUAUGGGAGCAAAUCUACAUCGUCCUUUCAACACUUCUUUACGUACAAACAAAUUUACUUAUACCGGUAUGCACUUUUCGUAUAAAGGGAUAUGUCUACAUGUAUUGAAGAGUGAUAGAACAGAGAACAGGUAGUUGAUUAGUUGUUUAUUGGUAAUAAUAUUAUUACACACUCAACGCGCAUAUAGUUCGAUUUGCAUUAAUCUCACUCUUUAGAAU